AUGGCCUCCCUCUCACUGAAGAUCGAGUUUGGCGGUGGACUGGAACUGCUCUUCUCCAAUCAACGCUCUCACAAAGUCUCUGUGCCCGCGUCCGUGCCUGUCGCUCCACCGGAGAGAUCCAAAGCUCCGGCGGCCUCGACAGAUGGCGGGGAGGGCGCGACAAAGCCGACCGACAUCACAGCCCUCUUGUUCUGGCUUCGGGAUCAUCUGCUCAAGGAGCGCGAGGAGCUGUUCAUUGAGAACGGGACGGUGCGGCCUGGAGUCUUGGUCUUGGUGAACGACACAGACUGGGAACUCGAAGGCGAGGGCGACUACAAGUUGAAGGAUGGUGACGAGAUUGUCUUCAUUUCGACGCUGCACGGGGGAUAG